AUGAUUUUAUUUGAAGAUCUGAUCCUGUCAAAAAAUGAAUAUUCAUCAAGUAAUGAUUUUGAUUACGGCACAGAGGUGGAGUCAGUAUGGGUGGGCGCAAGAAGAGAUUCGAGUGACGAUCCUGAAGGCUACAGAUGGAGCAAUGGCGUGGAACUCACACGGACUGCUGUCGACAUCCUAAGGAGUGAAAAGGAUGACAUCAAAUCAAACCAUUAUCCUCUCUGGCUGAACCGCAGUCAUGUGCCGGUACCGGAAGGAGGCGCGGACUGCGUAGCCUUAGAGAGGGUCCAACACGACAAGCCCAUCUUCCUGGACCUGUCCUGCUUCAUAGAGAGGCCCUUCGUAUGCGAGAGAGAUGCGAAGUUGGAAGUGGCGGUGCACGAGUUGAAAACGGUACGCUGCACGACUGGGCUGUACCACGUGUUCGAUGGGCGGCUGAACUGGGAGCAGGCGGCGGCGUAUUGCGUGAUGAAGAAAAUGACUUUAGCUAACAUCGGAACUAUGCGGUGCUUGAGGAAGCUGGGGCUAACUAUGCUGAAAUCCAGGCCAAGUAUCGAGAGUGCUUGGGUGGGGGCGAAGGGCUCUCUUGGUCAAUGGACCUGGAUAGACUCCGGCAUCAGCAUCUUCCAGGCGCCUACCUUCGCUGACGUACAAUCGAAGAUGUGGCCGCCAAUGCGUCAAACUAUAGCUGCAAAUAUGGGCUAUUUAUCAGAUAAAGGUGUAAUCCCGUCAGAGUGCAAGGAAACUGCUGAUUUGUUAUUAUUCUUUGAUAAUAUUUUUGAUUCAUUAAAUGGGAGUUUCGAGAAA